AUGGUGUCAUCUGUCCAACUUUCCCUCGGCCGCCUCCCUUGGGACAUGGCCAUGCCUGCGCACGAGUCAUCUCACCGCUCUCUCCCCCACCACCGCCUCGCGCGCGCACUUGCACACACGCACCCACUCCUUGCCUUCCCAUGUCUAUUUUGGCUCUUCUGUCUUGUCGUCGUCGACGUGGGGAUGGGUCCAAGGCACCAAAAGUAG